AUGGUGCCUGGGACUUACACAAAGCCUUUGAAGUUGUUCCUGUUUGUGAACUUGACACAGAAGAGCUAAUGCAAAAAGAUGAUGAAAUUACCUGAAAGUAGCUGCUGUCACAAGUUUUUUUCCAUCAUUUUCUAGUCAAUUAUUUAUUUUUUUACUGUUUUUAUUAUAGAUGUAUUUAGAUUAUUUAUAUUGUUUAAUCAAUGCCUGACAAGUUUGUGAGUUUUUUUUUUUUUUUUUUUUUUUUUGGAGAUGUAGGAACUGAGAGCCAUAAUGGCUAAAACACAAGAUAAGUAUUAUAUCUAUCCAUAGUGAUGUUCAUAUUUAUAAAAAUUAAAAACAAAUUAGAAAUGUUGUUCUGUUUUAUAUCGAACAUAAUUAACUAAUAAUUAUGUUACAAUUGCAUAGUCUAAUGAAGUUUGUGAUAAAAAACUCUUUUUAGUUUCUGUACUGUGUCUGUAUAAUUCUGUUUUUUUGUUAUGGGAAACUUGAAAUCUAACUACAAGAAAAUGUUUAAGAUCUUUGAACAAUUUUAAAAAUUACAUUCAGCCAAUGCUCAUUAAAUAUUUUAUUCAGAGCAGUUCAGUAACUCAUUAUUAAAUGACAGAAAAAUUAAUACAAUUUUUUUUAUGCCUUUUGAGGACAGUAUUAUUGUGGAGUGCUUAGGUGCAUAGAUAGGGUUGCCAUAAGAAUAGCAAUAGAAUCCAGGACAUCCAAAAUGUGUUUCAGAACAAACUGUUUUUUUUUUAUACAGCUAAAUAAUAUAUCAAGUGAACAACUAAAUAGUAGAUGAAGACAAAUUACAUUGCACACUCCCAAAUAUCUCAGGGGGACUACUUUUUCCGGAAAGAAUUUUCUUGACUCGUCCAGGUUACCCAGGUCAGUUCUUUUCUUUUCUUCCUUUCGUUUGUUCUUUCUUUUGUUCGUUCUUUCUUUUGUUCAUUUUUUCAUUCUUUCUUUCGUGCAUUCAAUUGUUCUUUCUUUCUUUUGUUCGUUCGUUCUUUCGUUGGUUCUUUCUUUCCUUUCCUUCCUUUCUUUUCUUCCCUUCCUUUCUUUUCUUUCCAUGAUGAAAUAUGUGAAGUCAUUCAAGGUAUUUAAAUAAGAUUGACUUUGGUAAUUAUUAAAACACUUAUCGACUGGACAUUUGGGACCUUUCUAAGACACUACAAGAGAGUCAGAAGUACUUAGAUUCAGAACUCACGGAACCUUUAUUUAUUUAUUUUUCAGCUCUCAGAUUGCUCUGUAAGGUGUCAGAAAUAACAAUAUUUACUUAACAUAUAAGGAUUGUGUCAAAAAUAACAAUGUAUUCAAGUUAUUUGAAGGAGAAUACUUUUGAAGGAGUAACAUCCUCACAAGAUCAGCUAGCUAUUAACUUGUAGUAGAGGAAUUUACCCAGUAGAGGAAUUUGCCACUUGCAUUCUCUUGUGUCACGCAUUGUUCUCUGAUGUUGACAAGUUGUCCUAAAAUACAGUAUAUGGCAGUAAUACAAAAAUCUUUCAGGACAAUGAGGCAUGUCAAUAUUCAGGAUGUAUCCUGCUUCUUCAGGACUUACGGCAACCGUAUGCACAGAUGAUUGUUUACAAGGAGGGGCACAUAGGUGUUUAUAGUCUCUCCUAGAAUAUGGAUUUUUAUAAUUAUUUAUUCAUUAUGUUAUUUACACAGAUGGCAGUAACUAAAAAAGUAAGAAUAUGCUCUAAAAAUUAUAAUAUAAUUUAUAUAAUGUAUAUACACAAUGAAUGUUUCUAUCACAAAUAUCACUGUAUUUAAUGUUUCAAAGCUUAGAUCAGCUUUAAAAUAAAA